CCAUGUAAUGAUUCUUGAAUUCCCUUUUAUCUACUAGAGUAAGCUUCAAGCUCUCUCUCUCUCUCUCUCUCUCUCUCUCUCUCCCUUUCCCUUUUAUGCAGAUUCUGUAUACCACUAUUACUCCUUAGUGUCAUCAUUAUCAAAAUGAAGCUGAAAGGCAUAGAUAUCUUCUGUGCAUCCCAAGCUUCAACAGCCAUAUGUUUCAGUAUGGAUCAAGCCUCAUCCUCCUCAUCAAUUAUCCAACUUGGUGGUCGAGCCAUCGAUCGCCACAAUCCCAUUAUCCAAGAUUCAAGAAGAUCAAGCACUAGUAGUACUAGUACUAGAUUUAUUAAUCCUCCUUGCUAUACUCAACCACCCAUCAAUCCCAAAACUUACCAUCAACUCCAGAAGAGCAAGAAAAACUUCUCAUCUUCAAAGACAAGUAGUGAUCAGAGCAAGAAGAAGAUUGUAAGCUUCUCAAAAGAAAAGUAUGAGCAAAAGAGGAAGAGUACUUCUUCUAACGGUAAGAAACCGUCUGAUGAUAAUGUUAAGAAGCACUCUUCAGUCCCAAGUGGAAGUGUUGUUAGGAAGAGCUCUGCUGAGCCAGUUGAUCUUAUCAGUAUUACUCCUCCUGGAUCAUCCAGAUACCUUUUGAGUGACAAGGUGUUCUUCGAUGGGUUAUCUGAUUAUGAUCCGGUUUCAGCAUCGGUUCCAGUUGGAGACAAGGAAAACCAAAACAUAGUGAUGAAUAAGCAAGAAUAUGAAUCUGCUUCUUCAGCAAGCUCUUCCUCAUCUCUGUCAAAACCACCUCCUCCUUCCAACCAGGUUGUAGUGUUGAGGGUGUCACUGCACUGCAAAGGCUGUGAAGGAAAACUGAGAAAGCAUCUAUCAAGAAUGGAAGGAGUGACAUCUUUCAACAUAGACUUUGCAGCAAAGAAGGUGACUGUAAUGGGAGAUGUAACCCCAGUGAGUGUGCUUGCAAGUGUCUCAAAGGUGAAGAAUGCUCAGUUUUGGCCAACUGUGUCUGCAACCCCAUCUGCAUCACCAGCACCUUGUCCUACCAAACUAAAGGCCAAGAAUUAACAUAAUGCGCGCAAAAGGUAAUUCAAGAAAGAGAGAGAGAAGGAGAAAAACAAAAAUUUGGGGAAUAGUAUUGUAAUAUUAUGGUUUGCAUGUGAAUUAAAAAACUGAUUAAUCUAGUGUAAAUGCACUGUUAGCAUGGGUGGAAGAACCAGAUUCUGUAUCUGCUUGGUUAGUAGGAACUAGCGAGGAACUUAAGUGGUAGAAGAGAAAGUUCACUUUGAAUUUUGAACUUUGCUAUGAGUUUGGGACCUUUUGUUAAGAAAAGGUGGAGUGUUUGAGGAACCACCCAACAAAUUAGAAGUCUGCUUAGCCAUGAGCUAGCCUAUGGCCCCAUUCUGUUUUAUUUUAUCAAUUCCCCAUGUUUUUUGUUUAA